CACCCCUACUCCCCUCUCUUAGGUACGACCUCUAUAUGCUCCUUCCUGCCGCAAACCGGCAUUAGUAAUAUUGCUCAUCGCCCUCAUCCUCAGAAAUCAGCGUUUCCAUGGUGGAUUAAGGGUGUUGCAAUUUCUCAGUUGAAACUCUGAAAACAACUCAAUUUCUCAAUUAAAUCUUAAUUUUUCCAACAAUUACCGGACAACUGUGUUCUAUCAUAAACCCCAGAAACCGUUUUGCAGAAAUCAAACAAUUAGCGACAAUCUCCGCUCAAUUGGGUCAUAGAAUUGAUUAACCAUGUCUCUUCCUUCGAUUCAGUGUGCUUAUAUAACGGAUGAUUUUCUCCAUCAAUUGAAAAUCGGAGACCCUAAUUUCAAAUUGCCCAACCCCGUUCCGGCACUUCGAUUCCUUUUCGAGCUCGUUUCGUCCAUGGUUCAUGGUGCCUUGCCGUUUCAGAAAUGUAAAGCGGCGUUAGAUGCAGUUCGGUUUUCGGAUGUGGUUACGGAGGAGGAAUUAGGUUCUUAUUUUGCAGAUAUUGUUACCCAACUGGCUCUUGAUCUGACCUUGCCCGGGGAAAUUCGAGCUCGCCUAAUUAAACUGGCAAGGUGGCUUGUGGAGUGUUCACUAGUUCCAGUGAGGUGUUUUCAAGAGCGGUGUGAGGAAGAAUUUCUCUGGGAGUGUGAAAUGGUCAAGAUAAAAGCUCAAGAACUAAAAUCUAAAGAGGUCAGAGUGAAUACUCGUCUUCUGUAUCAACAAACAAAGUUCAACCUUCUUCGAGAAGAGAGUGAGGGCUAUGCUAAGCUGGUGACUCUUCUUUGUGAGGGUUCAGGAGCUCCUAACUCAUCAUCCUCAAUGAUCGGCACUAUUAAGUCCUUGAUUGGUCACUUCGACUUGGAUCCAAAUCGUGUUUUUGAUAUUGUCAUGGAGUGUUUUGAAAUGCAUCCUCACAAUAGGCUUUUCUUGGAUCUCAUUCCAAUUUUUCCUAAGUCACAUGCUUCUCAAAUCUUAGGUUUCAAAUUUCAAUAUUACCAGCGAAUAGAAGUUCAAGAUCCCUUACCUUUUGGGCUGUAUCAGCUUGCAGCAGUGCUUGUGAAAGAAGACCUUGUUGAUCUUGAUAGCAUAUACGCGCAUUUAAUUCCCAAGGAUGAGGAAGCGUUUGAAACUUUCAAUGUCGUUUCAACUAGGCGUCUUGAUGAGGCUAACAAGAUUGGAAAAAUAAAUCUAGCUGCAACGGGUAAGGACCUUAUGGAUGAUGAAAAGCAAGCAGAUGUGACCGUAGAUCUUUAUGCUGCUUUAGAUUUGGAAAAUCUUGCUGUCAAUGAAUCUGUUUUGGAGCUUGAGGACUGCCAAACAUUAGGCUUGCUUACUGGUUUCCUUCGUGUGGAUGAUUGGUAUCAUGCAAAUAUCUUGUUUGAGCGUCUUUCACCACUUACUCCAGUGGCAUAUGCCCAAAUUUGUGAUGGGCUGUUCAGGCUUAUUGGAAGAUCAAUUUCCUCAGCAUAUGAUACUGCUUGUAAAUUGCAUCAUGCCAACAACACCAUAAAUGGCCCGAAAGUGUUGGGGAGUGCAGAUUCUUUGAGUAGCUCCCUUGUUUUGCUACCUAAAGAGCUUUUUGAGAUGCUUGCCUGUGCUGGACCUUAUCUGUAUCGUGAUACUCUCUUGCUGCAAAAGGUCUGUAGGGUUUUAAAGGGCUACUACCUCUCAGCACUUGAACUCAUCAGUAAGGGGGAUGGAGCUCUCAUACCUGUUGGGGGUGAUAAUAUUAAUCCCCGGUUGCAUUUGAGAGAAGCAAGGUCAAAAAUUGAGGAAGCGUUGGGAUCAUGUCUGCUUCCUUCAUUGCAGUUGGUUCCUGCAAAUCCUGCCAUUGGCCAUGCAAUCUGGGAAGUAAUGAGUCUUCUUCCAUACGAGGCGAGAUAUCGUCUCUAUGGUGAAUGGGAAAAGGAUGAUGAGCGGAUACCUAUGAUUUUGGCAGCAAGACAAACAGCUAAGUUGGACACGAGGAGGAUCUUGAAACGGCUUGCAAAGGAAAAUCUAAAACAACUGGGUCGUAUGGUUGCUAAGCUUGCUCAUGCCAAUCCCUUGACUGUUCUCCGGACAAUUGUUCAACAGAUUGAGGCCUAUCGAGAUAUGAUUAUGCCGGUUGUGGACGCAUUCAAAUAUUUAACACAGUUGGAGUAUGAUGUCUUGGAGUAUGUAGUGAUAGAGAGAUUGGCGCAAAGUGGUCGUGAAAAGUUAAAAGACGACGGGCUUAACUUGUCAGACUGGCUUCAAUCUUUGGCUUCAUUUUGGGGGCAUCUGUGCAAGAAGUACCCUUCAAUGGAGCUGAGAGGUCUUUUUCAAUACCUUGUCAACCAAUUGAAAAGGGGCCGAGGAAUUGAACUCCUCCUUCUGCAGGAGUUGAUACAACAGAUGGCGAAUGUUCAAUACACGGAAAAUAUGACAGAGGAGCAGCUGGAUUCCAUGGCAGGUGGAGAGACUUUGCGAUAUCUGGCCACAUCUUAUGGCGUUAGCCGAAACAAUAAGGCACUGAUUAAAUCUACAAACAGACUCAGGGACUCCUUGGUUCCGAAGGAAGAACCAAAGCUGGCCAUUCCUCUUUUACUGCUGAUUGCACAACACCGUUCUCUGGUUGUUACUAAUGCGGAUGCACCUUAUAUAAAAAUGGUGUGCGAGCAAUUUGACAGAUGCCAUGGAAUUCUUCUUCAGUAUGUGGAUUUUCUUUGUAGUGCUGUUAAUCCAGCAACUGCAUAUGCACAACUAGUACCCACUCUUGAUGAUCUUGUUCAUCAGUACCAUCUUGAUCCUGAGGUGGCCUUCUUGAUCUAUCGACCGGUUAUGAGGCUUUUCAAGUGUAAAAAUAGCUCGGUCACAUGGCCUUUGUGUGAUCGUGACGAGCCAAGUGGUGCGGGUGACCUGGUUUUGGAUCUUGGGCCUCCUCGCCAUCCUGUGAGGUGGUCCCAUCUUCUUGAUACAAUUAGAACUAUGUUGCCAUCAAAAGCGUGGAAUAGCCUUUCCCCAGAUUUAUAUGCAACCUUUUGGGGUCUUACGUUGUAUGAUCUGUAUGUUCCUCGGAGUCGCUAUGAGUCUGAGAUUGCUAAACAGCAUGCUGCUUUGAAGGCUCUUGAAGAGUUCUCUGAUAAUUCAGGCUCUGCAAUUGCAAAGAGGAAGAAAGAUAAAGAGAGGAUACAAGAAUCCUUAGAUCGUCUCAUGAGCGAGCUCCAAAAACAUGAAGAGAAUGUCGCUUCCGUGCGUAGGAGGCUUGCAAAUGAAAAAGAUACCUGGUUGAGUUCUUGCCCUGAUACAUUGAAGAUAAAUAUGGAGUUUCUACAGCGUUGUAUUUUUCCACGCUGUAUUUUCAGCAUGCAAGAUGCUGUUUAUUGUGCAAUGUUUGUCCAUACUCUUCACUCCUUGGGCACACCAUUUUUCAACACAGUCAACCAUCUUGAUGUUUUAAUCUGCAAAACUAUACACCCAAUGAUAUGCUGCUGUACUGAGUACGAGGCUGGUAGACUUGGAAGGUUUUUGUUUGAAACACUAAAAAUUGCAUAUUCUUGGAAGAGUGAUGAAUCAGUUUAUGAACGUGAAUGUGGUAACAUGCCUGGGUUUGCAGUUUAUUAUAGAUACCCAAAUAGUCAGCGAGUGACAUACGGCCAGUUCAUUAAAGUGCAUUGGAAGUGGAGUCAAAGAAUCACCCGGCUGUUGAUACAGUGCUUGGAAUCUGCAGAAUAUAUGGAAAUCCGAAAUGCCCUCAUAAUGUUGACAAAAAUAUCAAGUGUAUUUCCAGUUACUAGGAAAAGUGGAAUAAACAUUGAGAAACGAGUGGCGAAGAUUAAAGGUGAAGAAAGAGAAGACUUGAAGGUUCUAGCAACUGGUGUUGCGGCUGCUUUGGCAGCUAGAAAGCCGUCAUGGAUUACUGAAGAUGAAUUUGGGAUGGGAUAUGUUGAAUUGAAGUCUGGGCCAUCAGUUGCUCCAAAGUCUUCCACAGGUAAUGGUGUUUCUCAAAGUGAACCUACUGGGGGACGAGUUGCCUCUGAAGCUCAACCUUUGGAUUCAGGGAGUUCCCUGAAAGAUCAAGCAAUCCGAGUGAAGCCUAUUGAUGGAAAACUGGAGAGGUCAGAAAAUAUUUCAGGGAGUGUUAAGAAAGGUGGUUCAAUGACAAAUGGGCCAGAUGUGCAGCCAUUUGGAGCACAUGUUGACGAGCCUUCAAACAAGAUUGUGGAUGAAAGUAUUGCAAAAGGAAUGGUAAUGUCUUCUACUGAAAGCGAGCAAAAAAAUGCUACUAAACGGACCUCAGCUGGAGCUGGUGCAAAGGCACUUAAACAAGAGCCUAAAGACGAGGCAAAGUCAGCGAAAGCUGCUGGAAGAGGUAUUGUUUCUGGAAGUGAGAGGGAGCAUGCAAGUCAUCCUAUUGAGGGAAGGCAAACCGGGCAAGCUACUGUUGUGUCUGCCUCUGUUGCUAAUGGUAAUUCAGCUCCUUCGUCUAAAGGCUUGUCUUCAUCCACAAAAAAUGAUUUUGAAGCUAAUGAAUUACGGGGAGAAAUCGGACCCACAAAGUCCGCUAAUUUAAGGGGUUCUUUGAGGGAUGAUGGCACCGAUCAAUCUGAUAUUCCUCGGCCUCAACAUUCCCGUUUAGCUCAUUCUCCGAGGCUUGAUGCUGGUGCAAAGGCUUUAGAGAGACAACAAAAAAGAACUAGCCCUGCAGAAGAACCAGAUAGGAUACAUAAAAGGAGGAAAGGUGAUUCUGAUAUGAGAGAUUUUGAGGGAGAUGUUCGAUUGACCGACCGAGAGAAAACAGUUGAGCAAAGAGUACUGGACAAAUCUUAUCCUUCAGAAUUGGAUAAGUCAGGGACUGAGGAAUUGGCCUUUGGUGGGGUUGCUGAUAAACAUGCGGAUAGGACAAAGGAGAAAAGUAGUGAAAAGUAUGAGAAGGACCACAGAGAUAGAUCUGAGCGCAGUGAUAAACUCCGUGGUGAUGAUAUUUCUGAAAAGUCAAGAGACAGAUCAAUGGAACGGUAUGGAAGAGAGCGCUCAGUCGAAAGAGUACCGGAGCGGAGGAUUGAUAGGGGUAUCGAUGGCCUCAAUGACAAAGUCAGGGAUGAAAGAAGCAAGGAUGACAGAGCUAAAUUGCGUUACAAUGAAGUAUCUGGUGAUAAAUCUCAUAGUGAUGAUCGAUUUCAUUGUCAAAAUUUGCCACCUCCACCCCCUUUACCACCUCAUGUAGUUCCACAAUCUGUAAAUGCUGGUCGAAGAGAUGAUGAUGCUGAAAGAAGAUUGACGACCACUAGACAUAACCAAAGGCUUUCUCCUAAACAUGAAGAAAAAGAGCGUCGACGGUCAGAGGAAAGCAUGUUGACUGCGCAAGAUGAUUCCAGGCGGAGAAGAGAAGAUGAAAUUAGAGAUAGAAAGCGUGAAGAGCGGGAGACUUCGACAAUAAAGGUGGAAGAGAGAGAAAGGGAGAAGGAAAAAGAACGAGAACGGGAGAGGGAUAGAGCAGGCCUUUCGAAAGAGGAAAUAGAUUCAACAGCAGCCUCAAAGAGACGGAAACUUAAAAGGGAGCACAUUCCCGGUGCAGAACCUGCUGAGUAUUCCCCUGUUGCUCUACCACCCCCGAUUUCCAUUGGCAUGUCGCAGGCGUAUGAUGGUAGGGAAAGAGGAGAUCGGAAAGGUUCAAUGGUUCCGCGUUCAGCGUACUUUGAGGAACCAGGUAUGAGGAUACAUGUGAAAGAACCAACAAGCAAGAUGGCACGGCGUGAUGUUGACCCAAUGUAUGAACGUGAUUGGGAUGAUGAGAAAAGACUGAGAGCUGAAGCAAAACGCCGACACAGGAAAUGAUCAGGAUGUGAUUAUCAUAUUGCAGACAAGUGGUAGCUGUAUCAUGUUUUACUGGAAUAUUUCCAUAAUGUUGAGGAUUUUGUCCUGUUUUUAUAUUUUAGCAGAAUCGCAUCAUCAGUUUUACCCGAAGGUAGGGAGAUCUAUGAUAUUAUUAGCAUUGUAAGUGGAAUUGUAUGUUAAUUGUUUGAGAAAUCUCCUGGCACUAAUUACAAAUAACGAGAUUUGGAAUAUUCCGAAAUUCAAGUUAUGAAUGAUGGUGAUUUUGAUUA